GCGAUGGGUAAGAAAAAAGUUGGAAUCUUUGGAUAAAGCAAGAGACUGCUUACGGGGGUCCCAAAUCCACGGAGUUUUCUGUUUUAUCAUCCGCCCACUGUUUUCGUUUUCCUUCAUUUUCAUCCUUCUCAUCUUACCCACCAUUUUCUCUCUUAAUCCGUUUCCAUGAAUCCUCCUAACUUCGCCUUCCUUCCAACCUUCCCCCCUUUUCUCCCAGAAUUUAUGCCUUUCGAUCUAUAAAUCAAGCCCUCUUUUCCCCGUUUUCCCUGCUACCUUUCUUCUUUUACUGAUUUCACUAGCUGCCUUCUAAAUCCAUUUUUCGAUUCUUACCCGAAGAUUAGUCGUUCAGAUCUAAUCGAGGGGAGGGUUUCGCUAUUCUUCUUUGAAUUUUUUAGAGGAAUCUUGCACGAAUUAGUUAUGCUUGCUGGGAAUAAUUGGUUGCUGAUUGAUUGGUGAAUUCGAACUUUAUAGCUUGUGGGAUUGUUUGUGGGGUGUGAAUUAUUGGGGUUUUCUAACAAUGGUCACGGUUAAUCUCGGAGUGCUUCAUUAUGUGUUGGACCAUGUGUAUGGUGCAUUCGUGCACAGAACCAAGAUCAGCCCGCCGUUUUUUUCGAGGGGAUGGGGUGGUUCGAAGCUUGAUUUGCUUGAGAAGAUGAUCAAACAGUUGUUCCCAGAAAUGGCAGGGCAGAACUGGCCUCCCAGUUUGAUUAGACCCAUUUGGAGAACGGUUUGGGAGAAUGAGACUGCCCGUUUGAGAGAGGGGGUUUUCAGAACCCCUUGUGAUGAGCAGCUUCUUGCUGCAUUGCCCCCAGAGAGUCAUAAUGCAAGGGUUGCGUUUCUGAUGCCCAAAUCAGUACCAACCCACAAGAUGGCUUGUGUGGUUCAUCUGGCAGGGACUGGGGACCAUGCAUUUGAAAGGAGACUACGUCUUGGUGGGCCAUUGUUGAAGGAUAAUAUUGCAACCAUGGUGCUUGAGAGUCCUUUCUAUGGUCAGAGACGACCCAUGCUACAAUACGGUGCAAAACUUUUGUGUGUUAGUGACUUGCUUUUGUUGGGAAGAGCGACGAUUGAAGAGGCUCGCAGUCUUUUACAUUGGUUAGACUCUGAGGCAGGAUUUGGAAAGAUGGGUGUUUGUGGGCUUAGCAUGGGACGAUGGCUACAUCCCGAAACACUCCGUCCUUGAGCUCCAAAAAGCUUGGCCUGGUUCAGAAGUAAGAUGGGUGACUGGUGGUCAUGUGUCUUCCUUCAUCCUACACAACGACGAGUUUCGCCGCGCAAUCGUUGAUGGGCUCAACAGACUUGAAUGGAAGGAGUCGCCGUUAUGACACGAAACUUCUCAUCAAACAUGUUAACAAGGAACUGAUUUCUUUCUUUCUUUCUUCUUUCUUCGGUUCUCUCAUCUCUGUGGAUAGAUCUUCCUCUUCACCAUUUGUAUCAUUCAACCUGUAAAUCAGAUUGGGUCUGCUCUUUUCCUAAUUUCAAGUCAUUAGAUGAAUGGAACUUCCAUUGUAAUUUAUAAAACAGUGAUGAGAUUGCUUAUGGAAGUUCCACUUUAAUCUUUUAUUUA